AACUUGGUCACCAAGAUACAAAAUCUAAAUCACUCCUUAUAAAAUCAUACCAUAUAGGUUAAAGCAACACACACAAAAAAAUAAAAAAAAUAGGCACAAUCGUUUCUAAGUAUUAGAGAUGGCAAUGGGAAUUGGGGAAAUAUUGUCACAAUUAGGCUCAAUUGCGGCUAGCCUUAUGUUUGUUUAUGCCAUGUAUGAGCAAUUCUGCCCAUCUGAUCUUCGUAAGUUUGUUGAAAACUACAAACACAAAUUUACAGAUCUUAUGUCCCCUUACAUCCAAAUAACUUUCAAUGAAUCAUCGGGCGAGCGUCUCAAACAAAGCGAAACUUACACAAUCAUCCAAACAUAUCUUGGUGCGAACUCGAGUAAACGAGCCAAACGACUUGAAGCCGAAGUUGUGGAAGAUAGCCAAUCCCCGCUUGUCCUUAGCAUGGACGACAACGAAGAGAUCGAAGAUGAGUUCAAUGGAGUCAAAGUUUGGUGGUCUGCAAAUAGCAAAGCUCCAAGAAGAAAAGCAUCUUCAGGAAGAUCUUUCGAUGUGGUAAGAUGCUUCACCCUAACUUUCCACAAAAGGCAUCGCGAUCUCAUUACUUCCUCUUACAUACAACAUGUGUUGGAACAAGGAAAGGCUAUUAUAUUUAAGAAUAGGCGACUAAAGCUUUACACCAACAAUGGUGGUUGUUGGUGGAUGUCGGGGUGGAGUCACACAAAUUUUGCACACCCUGCAAGGUUUGAAACACUUGCUAUGGAACCGGAGAAGAAAGAAGAGAUCAUAAACGAUCUUGUUAAAUUCAAGAAAGGGAAAGAGUAUUAUGCUAAAGUUGGAAAGGCUUGGAAACGGGGUUAUCUACUUUAUGGUCCACCAGGAACUGGGAAAUCUACCAUGAUAUCGGCUAUUGCAAAUUUCAUGAACUACGAUGUAUAUGAUCUAGAAUUAACCACUGUCAAGGAUAACAAUGAGUUGAAAACACUUUUGAUUGAGACGUCAAGCAAAUCAGUUAUCGUUAUUGAAGAUAUUGAUUGUUCUCUCGAGCUUACUGGUCAAAGGAAGAAGAAAAAGGAGAAAGAUCAUACUGAUAAAAAUGAGAAUAAAGAGAAAACUGAUAAGAAAAGUGAAGAAGAAGAUGAAGAUGAUGACAACGAUGAUGAAGAAGAAGAAGAGAAAAGGAAAAGCAAUGUAACUCUUUCGGGUUUGUUGAAUUCUAUUGAUGGAAUUUGGUCAUCAUGUGGAGGAGAACGGAUCAUAAUUUUCACAACUAAUUUUGUGGACAAACUUGAUCCUGCUCUAAUUAGGAGGGGAAGGAUGGAUAAACACAUAGAAAUGUCCUAUUGUAGAUAUCAAGCGUUCAAGGUUCUUGCUAAGAACUACUUGGAUGUUGAGUCUCAUGGUGAUUUGUUUCCAAUUAUUGAAAAGUUGUUGGGAGAGACUAAUAUGUCACCUGCUGAUGUUGCCGAGAAUUUGAUGCCAAAGUCGACCACCGAAGAUGCUGAGUCUUGCUUGAAGAAUUUGAUUCAAUAUCUUGAAAUUGCAAAGGAAAAGGAAGAGGAGGAAGCAAAGAAAAACGGUGAGAAAGCUCAACUGGUGGCAGGGAAAGAUAAACAAGAAUUGGCUCAAAACUAUAGGAUGAAUAGGUGGAGGAGGCAAGUGAAAAAUAUGAGGAACUUUUUUGGGUCAUGUUAACCGGUGCCUCCGGGUAUUAGUUAAGUAGCCAAAAUUAGAAAGAAAAAGCAAAG